GGAUUGCUGGGAAGAAGAAGGAGGCUGUCGAGGUUGGGACUUUGGAGAGGGAGGUAUAGGCAGAGCCACUCUCAAAAGGAAUCAUCCGGAUCAGGACCAGCGUCCCUUUCGCACUUUUAACAACACAGGCUGAAGCUGCUGUGUGAGAAACUCGAUACGUCCACAUCUUCACACGGUGACCUCAAGCGCUGAACAAUGAUGGAAGAGGAGAUCAUUGACGACCGGGCCAAGCUGAAGCAGGGCCUGGUCAAAGUGCUGGAGUGCGUGGCCACCAUCUCCUCGGCAGCGGCGGUGGUCAACCCCAUUUUUGGCGUGGCUGGUUCCCUGAUCCGGGUGGUGCUGCACCACGUCGAUGAUGAGGACAUCCGCACGCUGAAACGCGAGUUCGGCUCAGUCAACCGAGCGCUGGACCAGCUGUCCCAGCAGAAUCGCAACACGCUGGUACAGAUCAAGAAGGAAACGCUGGAUGGCCAGUACUGUCAGGUGGAGGAGAACCUGAAGAACCAGUUCAGAAAGUUCAUGGAGAUGGUGGAGGCACGGCCGGAGCUACGCGAGCGCAAGAAGGACGACUUCGAAGAGAGCUACGCCAAUGACUUGGGCGACCAGAACCUGCACACACUCUAUGAUGGCGUGGUGGGUAAGCCGAAGCUGUUCAGCAGGCCCAUCCUGGAGGUCUACCUGAAGCACUCGCAAGGCGACCGCCCUACCAUGGAGCGACUCUGCACGCGCCUCACCUACCUGUUCUGCAUCGGGCUCAUCGCCCUCAUGGGCUACGCCGCCAUCAUUGGAGACGACGAAGAGAGUCUGAGUGAGGACUGGGCCGCAAAGAUGGAGCGUGUGCAAGAGAAGAUGCAGGAGGCUCUGAGCAAGUGCAAAUGAAGCAGCAGUGUGAGGAGGAGCUUUAUUUUCUCCCCUGCUGCUUUUCCUUCAGAUUUAGGACUCACAGGUUCACAUUCCUGCUGUACCUCCUUCCUCUUCCUCUUAGCUUUUACUCACCCUAUAAGCACUUUGUAUGCAUCUCGGGUCACCAGUUGAGAACCCAGUGAUAAAAAUGAGCAACAGUGUGUCUCAUUAUUUAAAAAAAACAAAAAAAAAACCAACAGCUAAUUUAUCCAAUCUUUCUGUAUAUGCAAGUGGUCUUUGAGUGGUCUUCAUGUAGCUUCUGUCCAGGUUGAGGUAAAGACAACAAAACGAUUGUACAAUAUUUAUUACAAUAUUUGCCCAUUUUGUAUUGGCUUGCGCAUCACAAUCGGCAAAACUUCAGAGAUGAAUUCUUCAAGUUUUGUUGUAAAUCUCGCAUUGCAGUACUGAGAUGGUUUCAACUGAUGCAGAAACCUUUGAGGUUAAAAUCAGCAGUGGGAUCAUUACAAAUAAUCAUAAAACUACACUAAGAGAGAGUCAUUUUGGUAAUGUUCAUCAAUUUUACACUAUAUGCCAUGCAAGAUUUCACAUCUGCAAAUGAGCCUUCAACAGAAAUGUACCAGGCUUUAGUGUGUCACAUUGCAAUGUACCACACCCCAUAAUGCACUUUCGGAAAAUGUCUGCCAAUUUGGCAUUUAUUGUAGAUUUUGUGAAAUACGUGUAUAACACUACAAGGAAAGAGUAUGUUGGAAUGGGCAAGUGUCCUACACUACCCUGCCUAGGCUGCGGUCCUAUGACCAUAACACCACUACGGGGCCUCUGGUGAAUUCUUAGACCAGACUGUAUCUGAUUUUUUUUUUAUGCCAUGUCAUCGAUGAAAGAACGGCUAUUAGACAGACUUUUGGUCGCGCAACAGAGUUAUAACGAUAAUCUGUGACGCCAGGAAGGCACGCUAAAACCAAAACAAGGAACAAAUAUCCCAAAGUUUUCUGAGCUAUGAAUGUAACUACAGCGAUCCAGUCACAUUAUCAUAUACGCCAUGUGCAACACAAUAUGUGCCACAAACAUUAUAGGCUUCUCGUGGAGCUCAUGAUACGCCCUGCAUGUGCUUUCUCGUCCAGCACUAAAUUUAAUCUUUUUUUUUUACACUAAUUUCAGAUGCUGCUGUGAUCAGUUAUUGACUUCUCUUUAUCUUUAGUGAACAUUUUCAGUGACAAAACUGACAACGCGAACAGUACAAAACAAAAUCAGAUCUGUUGUAUUACUACGUCUGGCAAAAUAAACACUUCACCACAGCAGGAUACACUAGAUACAAACUAAAUGUAUUUUAUCGGCUUCUAUUUUCUCUACCUUUAAUUGCGUCAUGUUGAUUUUAUACACAACUGAGGUAUUCGACUUUUGAUAUGUGGUAUUCUUGGAAGUUUAAACGACACUGUAGGAAUCCUUCCCCUCUUGACUUGAGCAAUUCUGUCACUCUUUUAUUUUCUAUUGUAUGUGUACUGCAGCCUUUUUAGCAAUGCAGGAGGCGCACCAAGUGUCGUUGUAUUACAUAGAUAAAAUUAUCAAUGGGUUUCUUUGGUGUAUGGUCAUUUUGAGCCUAUAAAACAUUAAUUGUCCAUUAUCACUUUUUUUUUUUUACAGUUAAGCCUGAGUAUCACGAUAAAACUUUUAUAUCUUCACGCUCUUGUCACGCACUUCAUCAUCUGACCAACAGUGCCUAAAUGUGGUUAUUAGUUUUGUAUUAUUGUUUUUUUCUUUCGAGGGUUUUUGGCUCAAUCGUUUUAAGUAGGCAUUAUGUUCUGAAUGCUCUGUGUGCUACAGUUCAUGUUUAAACUUGUAGUUAAAAUAAUAUUUGUAAAUGUGCAUCUUUUUUGCUUUAGCAAACUGGUGGUAUCCGCAGUACCAGACAGGUUUGGAUCACUAAAGAACGUCUGAUUGUCAUUAAUGGUUUUCAAACUUAGCAGUUUGUGUAUUUUUUUUAUAACGUUUUACUGAGGUCCAGCCCAUACUACUCUCAUCCUUUCAAAACCUAACUCUGUGUUAAACUCAUUUAUUGGGUCCAUGCCAGGGCACAUAUCUCUUAUUGUUCCAACAGAGUCCGUAUACGCUACACAAAUAUAGUCGAAAUGCUGCUGUCAUGCGGGAAACUUAUAUGAACCUCUUAAGGCUUUUUUGAAGUGUCGUGUGUGUGAAUAUCUUGCUUUUUUUUUGUUAUGGAUCUUUGAUGCCUGGUCGUAUCUGCACCUCUAUAAAUAAA